UUCACUUCCUUACCUUUUCUUUCUAUCGAUUGUAUGCAUGUUUUCCCUUCCAUGAAGAUAAGAGACCUCCCUAUAAUCCUUCCUUGCAUUCCCAAUGCAAGUUCAAGGCUGCUAUGCGUUCAAAUCAUCUUCAUUUUCGCCUGGCAAUGGAGGAGCUCUUUCCUUGCAAUCUCACCAGGGGUUUUCCAAGGUUCUCUUUCGAAUACAAAUGGGAGGACAUCUUAAACAGAGGUCUGUUGCCAAGGUAAACAUUACUUCAGCUUUCUCCGCAAAUACAAAUGCGAAUUCUCCUCAAUGCAUUGCAGAAUACUCUUAUAAUGGCAACAGACCCACUGGACGAAGAAAUAAAUUACGUCCUAAACUAUUAAAAACAUUGCCUCAUACCCAAACAGAAACUAUUAUUCACUCUGAUCAAAGGCCAAACGUAAAAUCAGAUAAUUUUGAUUCUUGCAAUAAGGAUUUUAAGAAUUUAGAGGCGAGUACAUCCGGUGGGGAGGCCAUGAUAGCAGCUAUGGAUGAAACAUUUAGUGGGGAGGCCGUGACAGCUAGUAUGGAUGAAACAUUUAGUGGGGAGGCCGUGACAGCUAGUAUGGAUGAAACAUUUAGUGGACUAAAUUUACAGGAUGGAGAAGACUUCAUAAAUGACUUCACAGAUAAAAAUAAAUAUAUUGAUGAUGAUAUACAUGAGAUUAAUGUUGAAAAAGAAGCUUUGAAAAAUGAUUCCAGCUUAAAAGAUAAACUGGGAAAAUUGUUGGGGUCAUGGAAAGAUUGGUAUGUACAGUACAAGAGAGAUGUUUUGGCAUGGGGUGUUGGAAAUACUCCUAUUUUUGUGGUAUAUAAAAGUGGGAAGGGAGAGGUCAAGGUUUCCAUUAACACGGAUGAGAUCUGGAAUCGUUGUGUAGCUCAUCCUUUUGGGAAGGAUGAAACCAGGACAACGAGUUUAAGGUUGAAAAUAGCAGAAGCCAAACAACAUGCGCGGGCCAUAGAGAGAGGAGUAAUCAAGCCGCCAAGAAACAGUAGUAUAUACCAUUUUUUAGAUACAGGUAAGGAAAAAGGCGGGAUAUUGGAGUCUGCAAUCAAUCGAACUACUUUUAGCUCUGUAAUUGGCACUUUCCCUGCGCCGCGUGUACUGGGAAAUUUGCAGUUUGGCUUUUUUGUGCUCUCUUGUUCGGUUUUUGUUUGGGCAGCUUGGAAAUUUGUUAUGGGAUAUGGCAGCUUCUCGGUAGAAAAAGAUAAACUGAAGAAGAAACAAUUGGCUCUCGAGUCAUUAAGGUCCUAUAUGGUUAAGAAUAGGGUUGAGUUCGAGCAGAGGGUUCAGGAGGUUCAGGAUAUGGCAAGGCAGGUUCGCAUAGUAGAACAAAACACUUUUGAGAAAAGUGACUUGAAUUUGAAAACAGUGGGAACAAAUUCUAAAGAGGGGAGAAAAAAGGGAGAUAAACCAUUAAAUUCUAAGGCAUUGAGGAAAAACAAUCACGAUGUUAGGGACCCAGAUACGUCAGAUUCAAGUAUUAUAGGUGGUAAUGACAGAUCGACAAAACCAAAUGAAGCAAAUAUACACGUGGAGAAUAACCUUUCAUUUCAGCAAGGAAGUGAGGGAAGUGGUUCUAUUGAUUUCAGAGAAAAUAGGAAUAGAAAUCAGAAAUCAAAAAAGACUGUGCAGCCAAAUGUAGAUUUAUUACAACAUAGGCAAAGUUCUCUAGAAAAGGCUGCUUGCAUUGCAACAAAAGAAACAGUGAGUGCACUACAUACAAAGAAAGGCUUAGACAAGGAUAAACGGUCUAGUCGGAAGAGAUUUACUGAAAAUGGUUCACAGAAAAUCAUACUGCCGGUGACGACAGGUGUAAAACAACCCAGGGAAUUAGUAAGAUCAAAACAUGGAAAACACAGUAAUAAAUUCACUGAUGCCUCAAAUCUAAGUAACAAGAGUAAUUUUCAUGUGGAUCGAGAGCGUACCAAACAAAAGGAUGCAAUAAUUAAAGAAAAAAUAAAUUCAAAUGGGAGGAUUAAGAAGAAAAAAAAUAGAAAGCUCAAACCUCUUUUCAGAAAAGAAGCACGUGUGGUUGAAGAGAAGAUUGGAGGUAAGAAAGUAUUGGAGAAUGUUUCGGCAAGUUGUCUAGGAACUGCUGAAAGCAAGACAAAAUUGGAUUUAGUAAAUACAAUGGAUAAGAGAUUGCACAUUGAACCAGAAAAUGGUGUUCUACAGGGAGAUUAUGUUUUGUUGCAGAAAGAAGAAGAGUUUAAGUGGAUGCGGGAUGAGGUUUUGAGAAAAAUUGUCUCCAAGGUCCAGACUAAUAAUAUUGCUGGAAGAGAGCCAUCUGAUGGCUUGCUCUCUGAGGAGGAACUGCUGUUUUUCAGAGGUCUGCAGAGAAAAUUUGAGCGGGAAGGGGAGAGCGUUAAAGCAUGGAUCAAGGAGAGAGUGGAGAAUCUGAACUAUGACAAAGCUGUAUCUUGGGUUGAUGGAUCAUCUAUAUUUUCUGCAAUUUUUUUGAAGGAUUCUACAAACAAAAGCAGAUCUAUUGUGUCUAGUAAAAACAACAAGGAUCGCAAGAUGUUCACUACAGAGAAGAUGAUAGUGGAUGAAGAACAGCCAUCUUUUAUUUCAGAGUCAAUACCUGUUUCUGUGUCUUCAUCCUUGACUUCAACAGAUUUUUCAAGCAUGGGAACGGAUGCAAACUGCAAAUCUCAAAGUUGGAUGCAUAUGCCACCUGCUGAAGAAUUAGUAGAGUAUGCUUCAUUUUCUACAGAAGAGAAAUUAAAAAAUAAUGAAAUUAUUAGAGAUUCUGAAAUGGUUGGGCAGAAAAAGGCGGUUAGUAAAAACAAUGAAUAUAACCAAGAAAUGAAGAAACAUCUAUGGUGGCUGGAUCUUCCAUAUGUGUUGUGCAUUGGUCUCCAAAGAAAUGAUGAAGAUAACGUGCUGAAAGGCUUAUAUUCUCUAGAAAUGGCUCCAGUUUCUGAAUGUUCCUCUAGGCCUCAGCAUACUAUUGCUUUUGAGGACCAUGCUGAUGCUAGAAACUUCUGCUAUAUCUUGCAAUCACAUUUUCAUGAACUGGGAGACACCAGUGCUCAUGUCAUUCCUCUGUCAACUAAGGUUUUGAUAGGAGGAUCGGAAGCUGAUAAAGAGAUGGUUUCAGACUACAUUCAGGCAAAUUGAAUUCAAGGACUCGCACAUCAAUAUCCACAUUUGAAAAGAGACAAUAUCAAAAUUCAAUCACAUGAAGAAGAUGGAUCAGACCAUUACUAUGCACUUACAGAGCUGAAUGCAGGAUAUUCAACACCUUAAACAGAAUUGGAGUUUGAUACAAAGGCAAAGGGGCAGAUUUCAAAGGAAUUCCAGAUCAUUUUCCAAGGUUCUGAUUUGAUGUUUGAUAUGAAGAUAGAAGAAAAGAGAAGGAUGAGCACCCAAGGAAGCAUGGAGGACAAGUCACGACAACAUCAAUCUGGAAGAUAAUUAUUCAGAAAUAACUUCCUCCACCAUUCAAGAGAUCUGAUCACACUUACAUUGAGAAGCAGGUUGAAAGGAAGUGCUCCCUGAUUGGAGUAAAAUCUGCUUCCAUUGCUCAUAGGUGGGAGCGAUGUAGGCACUUGAAUGGAUGAAAUGAAAGGAGUGGGCAAAGGAUGUAUUAAAUUUCAAGUUUGGAUUUCAACUUCAUUUGAACACUUGAGUGAAUUUCCUGAUUCGCUCCUGUACCUUCCAAAGGGACAGGAGCGAAGUUAUUCGAGCUCAUGUACCUUGCUAAGAUCAAGAAGACAGGAUUGGAGAAAGAAUGGACAAAGAGAAGGAAUUGACUUAUACAUGCCCUUGAAGUAAGUGAAUUCAAAAUUGAGCGAUGAAAAAGCAAAGAAUUUGUGCAAACUUGACAAAUCUGCUCCUGACCCUUCCAAAGGUAUAGGAGCGAAUUUUCUUUGAGGUCAUGUACCUUCCAAAGGUACUCAAGCGAAAUCUCUUCUAGGCCUUCCUGGGGGUCAAAAUGAUGAUAUUUUCAUAUGGAAGAAUUGGAAUCUAAGCCUAAAAUGAUGAAAAGAAGGCAAUAAGUGAAUUUAGCUAGUAAAGAAGCUGAUUCGCUCAUGUACCUCUCAGAGGGACAGGAGCGAAAUCCUCAAAUGGCCUCAAUUGCUCACUUAAACAAUCAAAUGGAUCCUAUUAUGAGCUAGGUUGAGGGCAGAUGGACUUGAUCAAGAUGGAAGGACUCAAAAACUAAGUUUAAGAGCAAAAUUGAAGGAAUAUGAAGUGUUUGAAUAAAAAAGAAGAACUUCGCCUUUCCAAAGGUACAGGAGCGAACUUCUUAGAAGGACCCCCUAUCUCACUUAAUGCACUAAGAAGAUCUGGUUUUAAGCUAAGAUGGAGGCGAAUUGACUUGAUCAUGGUGAGAAAGGAAUUAAGAAAUCAAGUCAAGGCAAGAUAAGGAGGAAUUGAGUGUGAAUUCAGCUGAAAACAAAGUUUGCUUGUGUCCCUCUCUAAGGUACCAAAGCGAAAUGCAUUAAUGGUGAAUGAUUUGCUAAUAAAGGCGCGUUAAAGGAUUU